AUGGACCCCGACGCGGAAACCAGGGAGUGUCUGAUCUUUGGCACCAUCCAGGUCUUUACCGGCUGUUGCUGCUUGUACAAUGUCGCCAAGAGGGCGCAGAUCCGGAAGCGGUACAACAUCGAGGGCGGCACGUGUGGCGACUGCUGCACCAGUUGCUGGUGCAUGUGCUGUGCGCUCACGCAGCAGGAGAACGAGGUCAAGAGCCGCGAGGCCUUGAGGGGCGCGUAUCAAGCUCAGCCGCCCAUGAUGGCGGUUCCCCAGGCGCAGGGGUGA